AUGACGGUAUUUCUUUUUCGAGCCCAAAGUCAUGAUGACCCUGACGAAUACCAACUUGCCCUGACACAACAAGGCUACGACGUUCGCUUCAUUCCUGCUCUCGAAUUCGCCCAUGAGUCGAUUGCACACCUUGCCGACUUAAUGUCAAAGGCUCCACAGCAUUCCUCUCUUCUCAUUACUUCGCAACGCGCUGUUGAGUCAUGGGCAGCAGCCAAACGACAAGCAACCACCAUUCACCCUCAAUGGCACGACAUGAACUUGUAUAUCGUUGGUAGCAAAACAGCACAGCAGUUGAGCGACUUGUCAUUUUUCUCUCGGCAGCCUGUAGUGGCGAGUCGUGCUACAGAACUUGCACCCUUAAUACUUGCUGAGCGACCUGAAUCUUUGCUCUUCCUCGCUGGUGACAAGCGACGUGAUGUAUUACCCGAUACAAUGGCAGAAGCCAAUAUUCCCAUGCUCGAGAUCCAAGCUUACAAGACAUGCAUGCAUCCACAACUUGAAGAGCGUCUCAACGCAUUGACGUAUACAAAGGAUGAUUGGUUUGUUCUUUUCAGCCCUUCAGGAGUCGACUAUAUCCAACAACUUGGAAAACAUCCAAUGCUAUCAUCCUGUAAAUUAGCCGCGAUCGGUCCAACCACCUCAGAUCAUUUACAACAAAUGGGUUUAACGGUCCAUGCAGUAGCAGAGAAACCAAGAGCCUCUUUUAUUGCCGAUGCGAUUGUAGCACAUGAUCAGCAGCAUUCAUAG